UCAAAACAUAACCUCAAAAAUACUGUUGAUUUUAUUUAAAUAAAUAAUUUAUCAUUAAAAAAUGUCGAUAGACACGUACUUUUGCUUUUGCUGUUUAGCUACUAAUGACCUGAUAAAUAUUUACAACUGUGAACCUGAAGAAAACUACGGACACCUACUGCUAUCAUUAUUUGAUUUGAACAUUUCUAUAGAAGAUUAUGAACAUGACGGCUUCAUAUGUAAGGAGUGUGUGAAAAAGCUGAAAGAAACGCUUCAAUUCAAGGCUCAAGUGUUUGAUAUCUUGAAUAUAUUGCAGAGUAACGGACUGAUAGAUCUCACAAAUGCAGACAAACAGACAACCGUCAAGAAAGUGCUCAAUACUAGCUUAGAUAUCGAAGAUAAGUAUGCUAAAACUACUGAAAAAGAUAUUCUAGUCCUGUAUGAAAAAAAUUCACAAGAUCAAUUACCCAAAACUGUUAAAGAAGACACCAUUCAAAAAGAUGUCUCCACCAAAAAGAAUGUCACGUGCAAGCCAGAAAGAGACAAACAAACUUACAAUAUUAUUGGGAAAGGACAGGAGAUAAAGAAGAAUUAUUACAAAGUCACCGAGGACCUAAAAUGUGGGAUGUGCAGUAAGGUGUUACCGAAUGUAUAUGUCUAUCAUUUACACAUGAACCAACAUUUCCCGAACCACAUAUGCGAGUCCUGUGGCAAAGGUUUCCUAACUGAAAAGAGGCUAAAACGACACAUGCCUUCACACAAGACUGGCCCGUUCAAUUGUCCAACCUGUGACAUGGAAUUUACCAAUCUUAACACACUUAAUUCUCAUAGGCAGCGCAAGCACGGCUCAGUCUCACUAUACAAGUGCCCCAGCUGCUCUGAAAGAUUCGACACUCUCACCCGUCGUGCGAGGCAUUUGUCUCAAGUGCACGGUCGCGCGGCAGCGAAAUAUGAGUGCGUGGUGUGCGAUAAGAAGUUUCUGCUGGCUGGGAAUCUAAGCGCCCACAACCGUAAUAAACAUCAGAAGGUCAAGCGUCAUUUCUGCCCUGAAUGCCGCGCCGGCUUCUUCCAAAGACAAGAACUUGCAGCGCAUAUGGCGGCCCACGCCGGGGAACGCGCUCACAGGUGCACUUUGUGCCCUAAGCGGUACCCCCGCAAAAAAGCUCUCAUAGUACACAUGAGAACGCACACAGACGAUCGCCGGUUCGCUUGUGAGGUGUGCGGUAAACGGUUCAUUCAAAAAUGCACCUUACUCGUCCACGCUAAGGUCCACAGUCGCGCGGAUAAGACAGUCGAAGUGAGCACAGCCAAUGUUACAGAGUGAUUUGUAAUAAAAUGUC